AUGGACAAUCCAAACCCCUUCCCUUCAGUCGUUCUCGAGGUAAUCGGCGCGCCUGCGGACGUGCGUCCCAGGAUCUAUGUCCCUAAGUCUCUGCACCGCGAGACCGCCAGGGCCGCGCAGCUCUUCCAGGCCGGAAAGUCUUGCCCCGCCCUGACGCUACUCCCGGGGCUCGCCCCGCCCGCUCCGCGCCCCCUCCGCCCCGCCCCUCCGCCGCUGGCCCGGCUCACCCCGCCCCUUUUGUGCGGCCCCUUGCGUUCGGCGGCCGUGCGGGCUCCGCCGGCCCGGGCCCCACCUCCCCGCCACUCCCUGGGCUCCGCCUGCGCGAGGUUCUGUCUCCAAGGCGACGCGGCGCCCCCAGCUGCACGCUCGGAACUCGGCGCAAGCCACAAGCUAGGCUUGCUUUCGGUAUCUGACCUUCGGGUGAUUGGCAUGAGAGACACACAAACAGAAAAAGUGAUGAUUGAACCAAAUGAAGCAAUAUCAGGUAAAUGCCUCUUUGGAUACAGACCAACAUUGGCAAGCAAGCUUUAUACCCCAGCAACACAAGUCUCUCUAAAUGUAGCUAAGACAUUCUCAGAAAAGAAGGAAGUCUCUUCAGUAAAUACUGAAAACAAAGUCUCUUUAAAGAAUACUGAAAAUAGAGUCUCUUCGAAGAGUAUGGGAAAUAAAGAUACAUUAGAAAAUCUACAGUCUAAGCUGUGGUCAUCUUCCUUCUUAAAAGAAGGCACAGGUACAGUGGACAAAAAUGCAGUCGUUGCAAAGCAAGAGAAAAGUAACAAAUAUUGCCUUCAGCACACUAAUGAUAAAUUGUCAGAAUCAACAGAUGGUGAUGAUGAAGAUGAUGGUAAUGAUGAAGAUGAUGAAAACAGUAACCCUAAUAAAGAUAUUCGUGCCCCAUUAGAGUUAAUGACAGAAUUCUUGAGAGCAGAAAUGGACCGAGAUUACCAUCUGGCGAAAAAAUUAUGUCAGAUGAUCCUAAUCUAUGAACCAGAAAAUCCUGAGGCCAAGGAGUUUUUCCCACUUAUUGAAGAAAUGUUACUGAUGGAGAAAGCUGAGAGUCUGGAGGAAGAUGAUGAAGACAGUGAAGAAGACAGUAGCAUUGAGAGCGAAGGAGAAAGCAGCGAGGAGUCCAGUGAAGAGAGCUCUGAUGAAUGUGAAGAUGAGUGA